CGAACUAGGUUGACUCGUCUUUUUCUAGUCGUGCUUGGCCGUAAUAAUGAACUGCACUUUGCCCUCGUUUGAAACUCAGAGCGGCUCAUCAUUCAAUUUCAGUGCGGAUGGCUUUGUACUCGAGGAGGAGGCGUCAGAACAGAUCUCGUGGAAGCACGUGGCCGAGCUAGCGGUCUACGGCCUAGUGAUGUUCCUCUCGCUGCUGGGUAACCUUUCCGUUGUAGUCGCCAUCCUAACCCAGCGAGCAAUGCGCACUACGAUUAACUACUACCUGCUCAAUAUGGCCGUGGCCGAUAUCUUCAUUGUGCUUUUCUGUAUGUGGGUUCAUUUCAUGAAUGUUUACAUCUUCAAGGCAUCAUAUCGUCUAGGAGCAUUUAUGUGCCGCAUUGAAGCAUUCGCCAAAAUGACGUGCUUGACCGCCUGCGUGCUAACUCUGACCGCAAUCUCUUGUGAUCGAUUCGUCGCAAUUCUGUUUCCACUGCACGCGGCUGCACGCAUAACGAAACAACGGACAUCGUGCAUAAUUCUUGUAAUUUGGUGCCUUUCUACGAUGGUAGCACUGCCACUCGUUGUCUACUCUAAGCUCUACACGGUACAGUUUGCCGGUCAAGCGGAGGUAUCAUAUUGCGGUUCAUCAUGGCCAGGGGAAGCACGAUGGUCGCCAGAAAUUUCAGAGUGUGUUAUCGCCUACCCGACGCGUAAACUUUACUACUUUAUAGCUAUGGUGACGUUGUUCUUUCUGCCCAUCGGUGUUAUGCUGACCGCCUAUUCAUUCAUCAUUUGGAAGCUUUGGAUACAUCAAGUGCCAGGAGAAUUUGGAAACGCGAGAAGUAAUGGGGCCUCAGCCAGUGGCCAAAGCAGCUACGGGGGCAUGCAGUACAAUAAAAACAACUCGGUCCACAAUCGCUCCAAGAAAAAGGUGAUUCGGAUGGCCUGCUAUGUUCUGCUUGCAUUUAUCAUCUGCUGGAUGCCCCUGCAGGCCACAGUCCUCUACUCGCAGAUCAGGGACGAUUCACAUAAGCAGAUGCCUGCAUGGUUUUCAACAUUUUCAUCAUUUGCUACCUUCCUAGCGUUUUCUAACUCGCUCGUAAACCCUGUUAUAUACGGAGGAUUCAACCGGCAAUUUCGUCAGGCCAUCCUUCAACUGCUGCGCUGUCGGCCGACACGUGUUCAGGCAACGAAAAUGCGCUCGAAAAGAUGUCCUGUGUGUAUAACCCCGCGCAACGGCUGCACCGACCUGAGGGCCGCAAACACGCUCUUGCAAACCAUCUCUGAACACAUGUUCUUCUUUCAUCGUUUAACCCAAAGGUAGUGUCCGCAAAAUUGGAUCGCUCGUAAACAUUUAAAAAGAGCGGGGUGCGGCUCAGCUAAACAAUAGUGACGUUACGUCCGUGCCUUAAGAUUUUCCAGGUGCCAUUGAAACGCGGAUUACCAUGACGACGCUAUAAUCGAGUCAUAGACGCGAAUGAGAUCUCUGUAUGUGUGAAAGAUAGAAUACUUUUUCAAUCAGCGUCGAUGGGUCUUCCUCCUGGUAGAGCAAACGUGGCAGGUCACGGCGUUGAGAUGCACCAUAUUUCGUUCUAUUUGCCAUGAAACACGAGAAAUUGAGCAAUGCUAGCAAGCGACAUCCGUGAAGUUUCAUCGUGCAAGGUUGCCAUGGACUGCCAGUUACCUAUUGUUUGUGCUAUUAGUCUCUAGAGCGUGUCAUUUGGAAGGACAUGGAAUUUGGCAUGCGUGUCUUAUUGAGCUGAUUGAACCACUUCCUCCAGUGUGCGUGUUGAGGGAUACUGCAAAACUUUGAGCUGGCGCCAUUGUCUCUAUAAAUUUUUAUGGGUAAACUGAUAUGCUCAAAAUUUGUAUCCCUUCGCUUUAUUUUUAUGGAAUACGCUACUAGAGCUUGUGUCUUUCUCGGCUUUUGGGUAGUUAUUGUUGUCGUUCUUUUGUAACCUGCGUUUCCAAACUCUCUGACGAGCGUUGUUACGAUUCCAUAAAGUAACGUUGGGAUAGACCACAGACUUCUGACUAACAAUAAAAACUGAAUUUAACUGAAAUCUGAGACUCUGAAAGCCAUUCGUCGCUUCUUCUUUUUGAAAACUUUUGUUUCCAAGAUGGCAUUCCGUAUUCGUUCCCGGAUAGAGCCUUCCGUCAGCUUUGCUUUUGGAAGAACAGUCUUCUGCUGAAUUUUUAAAUCGAGGUCGAAUUUGUAUAUCUAUUGACGCUAGAAUAAAAGAAAAUGCCAAGCAAAUCAUUGCCGCGAUCGCUGACCUUGUAUCAUUUACUUGCAUGCAACACCCAGAUGCAUGAAUGUCUAGAACAAAUAGACGAGUCUAGAGACGAGUCUAUAUUUGUGAAGUUGCAACGCUACCUCCUCCACCCGUGAUAACUUAGUCGGUAACGUAUUUGCCUAUCUUUUUAGAGACACGUUGUACACUAGAGCCCAAUCCAAGCAUAAUCCCACUUUUUUUCGGGCUGGGAGCUAGCCGUUUGAUGCAGUGCUUAACGGCGAUGCCGGACGUAAAACUUGAAACAUAGAGGCAAAAAUGUAUAUAUUGAGUGACCUUAGAAGCGGCCGGGGGUACAAGCUCAGUCCACUUUUCUAUAUGGCUAUCAGCAAUUACUCAAAGAAAAUUAAGAAGGAUCAACAUUUAAGUUGAUGUUUUCUGAAAAAGUUCAACUCCACCUUGUUUAGCGGACUUAAUAACAUUUGCCAACAGGGCCAUAAAGCAUUUUCACACCUUCACCUAUUCAGAAGUUUUAUUCACUGCGACAAGGGGACUCUUUGGAGAGCAUGCUGGACGAAAUUGUAAGCGGUGACUGCUACUAUAAUCAAUAAAUCCAUCGUGCUCUCCUUACACCAGAAAUUUUACCAGAAUUUUACCAGAAAACUGCCUCUGAUGUAACCUAUUGAGUGCUACGAACUGGAAUGUAAUUACGGUAAAGCGGCUUCGUGAUGCCGAUCAAGUAUGCCUAUCUAAAGCGUGUCAUUGCAGAAACAGAGUCGCCUACCGACUACGUGAAAAGUGAAACACUAAUUCAGGCAGGAAAACCUUUUCAGUAGAGACAGAUAAAGUUAGCGAGACCAAUCAGGCGGGUGAUCAGGAAUAUUGCUUGAACUGUUAUGUUAUAACUCGAUAUGCAGCUCAAGGGCCAAGUAUAAAGUGCACUAUUGGCUUCUCUUAAGCAUGUGGCAUGUGCGUAACGGCUGUUUUUUUCUUCACAGCGAUGAAGGCUUUAUUAUACAUCAGAUCAGUCAUAUAUCAAAUCAACUUAAUUGGUCGAUACACUGAGAAAUUUUGCUUUAUUUGAAGAUAUACUAAUCCGAUUUUAGCGAUUACCACUGCACGCGUGAUCUUCCUGAUUGACAUUGUAUGGGGCUGAGCGCUCGAUGUAUGCAUUCGAAUCAAUCUGCCAAUAAAUUUAGCCAGUACCGUCGACAAGUCACACUUUCUUCUCUGCCACGUAUGACCUUACCAAAGGACAAAAUAACGACCUAUUUGUAUUGACGUAAACCAGGUGGGCAUUUACGCUUUUUCUCUUUAGUAUCUGCGACUUGGACUAGCUUGUACGUCUGUUAUUAUUUCUGCACCAUGGUACGGCCACUAUUAAUGGAGACCACAUCGAAUCAACUGCGUUCCUUCCCUUUGUGCUAGCUAUUUACAUAAGUUACAGUGCAAUGGAAGCAAAGAUAGAAGAGGACACUUAUGUACCGAUGUGCUUUUAUCAAGCUUUCGGCGGACUCUUGCUAGACGUUGUUAAUUGGACGCAUUAUAAAACCUGUACCUCAAUUAGCCCGGCGAUAGAACCUCAACAAACAGACAACGACUACAGUAGAGGCACUGGCAUCAGAAACACAAGCAUUACGAGCAGCAUAAAUUCACUAUUUAGACCAAAACCAAAAUAGGAAAAAGUGAAGCAUACUGCCAUUAUAUACUUAUUGUACAAAGGCGUGCACACCUGUUCGACAUAGGCCUUGAAUUGGAUGAACCCUUAUCAUCCUAUUCACAUUAUAUUUCUCUCCCUUCAUAUGCUAUGGUUUCA